AGUAAAUCUACACUGAUGGAAAUGAGAAUGAGAGAAUUGGACAAAAAGGUUUAGCUGAAUUUGUGAAACUCUCGCUGUAGAUUUACAAAUCAUGCAUUUGAUGCAUUCGUCCACCCGUUUGCUGAGUCGACGUUAUGUGGUGACCGCAAACGUCUACUUCAAAAGGAUGAAGAACUUACUCAGAUAUCAUCGUCGAAUAGUCAAGCCUGUCAUGAUCGUCAUCUUACCCGAUUUCGAUGCGUAUCUGGAGUUUUCGGAGGCCAUCGAGACCUAUCCCAUGAACUUCUCGGUUUGGUUCACGCUGUUUCUUUACACCCCCGCCAACGACACUCACGAUUAUUGCCACGAACCGGUAGGCAAUCCCUUCAAUUUGGCGUUCGACACGCAGAUGCUGGUAUUAUGCCACAACGCGGGAAUUUUACAAGAAUGGUACUCGGUCGACGGUGAAACUGUCAAAGUCUUUGACUUAGCAGAGUGGGAUGGGGAAGGAUUCAUGCCUUUGACAAAUUUAUCUCUUUACGACCGGAGAAACGACAUGGAGGGGACUAUUCUACGAAUAGUUACGGUUAAGGAUUUGUCGAUUUCAACGAAACACACUGGAAAUUACGUGGCUGGUAUAUACGGGAAAGUGUUGGAAGAGCUCGCGUAUUCCCUCAACUUCACCUUAAAAAUUGUCGCGCGAAUGAAGGAGCACGGUUUGUGGAAUCCGCAAAAUGAUACAUGGUCCGGAGUGAUGGGAGAGAUAGUAGAAGGUCGCGCAGAUUUUGCCGUUGCUGAUAUGUCGAUGACGAGCUUUCGAAUACGUUACGUCGAUUUCACAUUGCCCUUGAUCAUAUCUAGAAACAGUUUGUACAUCAAGGAACCAGGAAUAUGUGGUGUCAAAUGGCUCGGUUAUUUCCAGACAUUCCACUCGCGCACGUGGGCCAUGAUUAUCACGCUAAUAGCGGUCAUGCCGCUCCUCCUGUUUUUCAUGAAAGCGUAUCGCGAAUCUCGGAGCACCGUCGAUCUGAUAUCUGAGAAUUUCAUCUGCAUUUGGGGUAUCUUCUGUCAGCAGGCACUUAUAGAGUUUCCAAGAAGGUCAUCGUUGCGCAUCGCAUACUUCACGAUAUUUCUGACGGCGGUCAUGAUAGUGGCCCACUAUUCAGCUGCAUUAGUUGGCUUCUUGACGGCCUGCACUCGUGUUUUACCCUUUCAGACGAUAGACGAAUUCGUCGACAACGGUGGCUAUAAGCUGAUCGUUACACGCGGCAGUUCCGACUACGAUGUAAUCUCUUUUCAGGCAAAAUAUGAGACGUCGAUGAGAUCUUUCUCGGUGAAACUGAUGAAAUUAAUGAAGGAUGAAUCGGAACUGCCGGAGGAUCUGAUCGAUGGCUUCGUGCAAGUACGAUUGAUAUCUGUAUGUAAUGAAAGAAAGGUUGCUUAUAUGGUGUUAAAUAUUUUGAAAAAAACCAUGGAAUCGAAAAUUCCCUGCAAAGUAUCCAGUAUUAAUACCGAGAGGAUAGAUAACUUGGGAAUGGUUCUGUCCAAGGGCAGUCCAUACACAGGCGUGAUAAAUUAUCAUUUGCAGAAGUUUUUGGACAACGGUAUGCUGAUGCGUUUGAGAGAUACGAGAUUUUUGCCGCAGUCGGUUGAAAGCAAGACUUACGUGCCGGUUCGCAUGUCUAAUGUCAUCCCAAUUUUGGCGAUUCUCUGCGGAGGCAUUAUUAUAAGCAUUGUAAUGCUGAUUAUAGAGAAAAUGUAUUAUCAGUCGAGGAGAAGAAAGCUUCAAUCGAAGGUCUUCUAUCAUUCCAGAAAAAAGUUCAAAAAGCACAAUAAUUGAAAUAAAACUUGGAAUUUUAUUAAUGUGGAUUUUCCUACUUCUCUCUUGAUAAAAAAUUUCUUAUUUAUAUGUUGUAUGUGUAUUUGUAGAGCCUUGUAACAAUUAAUUAUUAUUAACAUUUAAGAUUUUCUCUUUAUUUUAUAUCGUAUAUAAUAUGUGUUGUGUGUUGCUUUUUCUAGAAUUGCAAUAUGAACAUACUUAAGUAUUAACAAUGAAAAAUUUUAAGCUUAAUGAUAUUAUAUUAUGA